AUGGCAGGAAGAGGGAGGGGAAGAGGUAGUGGCAUUUCAUUGACUCAUGAACAAAUUCAAGCACUUGGUAUCGCUCGAGGAGAUAAUACGCCGGCAAUACUCACACCGCCUCCUCUGUUCCCUAAAUUAGAUGUUAAACCUUUACCCCUCAAUUGCGACGCAGCCACGGAUUAUAUGGUGAUAGUAAAAGAUCAAUUUAUAGAAUAUUUACACGAAUCACCGGCAUAUGUAAAAGCGAAUACAAGAAACGAUGGCAUAGAAAGAUAUUCCGAUAAAUAUAAAUUACUGGCGUUAGAUGCAAAAAAAGGUAAUAUAUUGGACUGCGUUUGGGCUAACAUACCUCCUGAACUGCGGCCAAACGCUGGUCGUAGUCGAGUCUCAGUAAAAAAACGAAAAUUAGAUGAUCCAAAAGAAAUAGCUAAAAGGUUACAAACCUUAGAAAAGAAAGAAAUUCAAGACACGAGUACUGAAGACAUGGAAACAAAUGAAGAUGAAGUUAAGAAAGAGACUGAAGAGAAUGACGAAGAGUUGGAAGAUGAGCACGAACAAGAAGAGGAAAUUGAUGAUGGGACGGACUACGCAAACAAUUACUUUGACAACGGUGAAGAUUAUGAAGACGAAGAUGACAAUCUUGAUGAUGGACCAGUUUACUAA